AUGACCUCCCAACCACCAUCACAAGAACAACAGCAACAGCCGACAGUCAUGCCCGCCUCCCCCACCCGAACCGCCACUCUCCUCUCCAAUCUAGGAUCAGUGACGUCGCGCGUCACCGCAGCCGCAACUAAAGCCGCCACAGAAUCAAGGCCCAUCCGGCUCAUCGCUGUUUCCAAGCUCAAGCCCGCCGCCGACGUCCUCGCCCUCCACCAACCGCCCGCGUCCCACCUGCAUUUCGGCGAAAACUAUCUGCAAGAGCUGCAGGAGAAGUCUAAGUUGUUGCCGCCUACCAUCAAAUGGCACUUCAUCGGCGGUCUGCAGUCGAAUAAGUGUGUGACGCUGGCGCGGGACGUACGGGGUCUCUGGGCCGUCGAAAGUGUCGAUUCCGAGAAGAAAGCUUCCCUCCUCGAUAAAGGAUGGGGGGAGCGAUCCGAGGAGCUGCGCGCAACCGACCAAGAGUCUCAGUUGCGGGUGUUCGUGCAGGUCAACACCUCCGGGGAGGAGAAUAAGUCUGGGGUCGAUCCCGUUUCCGGUGCGGUGUUGCUUUGUCGCUUUAUUCGAGAGAAGUGUCCACGACUUAAGCUACAGGGGGUGAUGACGAUUGGGGCUAUUGCAAGGUCGAAGGCGACCACGCCUGAGACGGAGAAUGAGGAUUUUGUGUGCUUGCGGGAGACGCGCGAUCGGAUUGUGCGGGAGCUGGAGCUGGAAGGGGAGGAUGCCCGGUUGGAGUUGAGUAUGGGCAUGAGUGAAGAUUUCGAGGGCGCUAUUGCCUUGGGAAGUGAUGAGGUACGGGUGGGAACAACCAUCUUCGGGGAGAGGCCGCCUAAGGACCAGGCGAAGGUGAUCUAA